CCGAAUAUGAAAUAUCACCGCCUGGCUUUGAAGCGCCGAACUAGACGAUUCACCAACCACUUUCCUUAGACUUUGCUGCAUUAUUGCUUUGAAGUAAUCAAAGUGUUGCGCUGCUGUAAGUGAGGUCAUUAUAACGGGCAAAAUCUCGAGAAAAACUUGCAAUAACUCGGCGUCAGUUCGUGUCGGGCUACGCGUCAGAGGCACCGCUGGAAGCCGACAGGUUUACUCGGUUACCGCGCGCUGCGCCUUUAACGUCUGAGCCGGUCUGAGUGGAGCCGAGCGGAGCAGCCCGAGCAGCGCGCGCGCGCUCUCUCUCUCUCUCUCUCUCUCUCUCUCUCUCUCUCUCUCCUCCUCCCCCUCUUCAUGGAUUAUUCAACAAGUGGCUGAGGCUGUGAAGCGACUGAAGAGCCCAAAUCAUUCACUAAACUAUUCACAGUAGUUCCCGUCCCCGAAAAUGCGGACGCGCUUCAUGGGUUGAGGAGAAAGUCCGGCCCGAAUCACCGAAGCAGGUGUCCGCGGACAGCAGGUGACGUGAGCCGGUGAGGAAGGUCCGCGGCCAGCGGGUAACUUCACACCACGCCGAGCCUCGCGGUGCCGGACAAAAGGGACGAAAUGGACCGUAAGCAAACCCUCGUUCGGUGGCUAAGCUGUGAAAUUGUCAGUCGCGUCUUUGCCGUUAAGUCAUCGGGGGUCGUUUUAAAGUCCGCGUAACCGGCCUGAGCCGCCGACCGGUAUGACCGAGCUCCCCGCACCUCUAGCGAGACGCUAGCUUACUUCUGACCGCGAGGAGAAACUAAACACGAUGUUCAGGAGGAAAACCUCGAGCCGCGCGUCCCACUGAUACAUUCCGUUAAUGGUAGACCGGUUUUUACAUCUUAAUGGUGUACAGACAGUCGUGUUUUCGGAGGUGUUGAGCGGCUAUCGACAUGGUGGCGGAGAGGACUCUUCUCGCCGCCAGGCAAGGCGACAUUCAGACGCUGAAGGUGCAGUUAACGGAAAAAGUACUGGGCAAGGAUGUGAGGGACGUACUCGGGGCUACCCCGGUGCACCACGCCGCUCGGGCGGGAAAGUUAACCUGUCUCCGGUUCCUUGUGGAAGAAGCAGGUUUGCCGGGGAACAGCGUGGCCAACAACGGCGCGACUCCGGCUCACGACGCCGCCGCCACGGGGAACCUGGCCUGCCUUCAGUGGCUCCUAACGCAAGGAGGCUGUCGAGCUUCGGAUAAAGACAGCUCAGGAGCCACCGUCCUGCACCUGGCUUCCCGCUUCAGCCAUCAUGAGAUCACUGAUUGGUUACUCAAGAGUGGGGACGGAAAUCCCAGCAUCGCCACGGAUACAGGAGCUCUGCCUGUUCACUAUGCUGCUGCUAAAGGGGACUUGCCCUCUCUCAGACUGCUGUUGGGACACAGCCCAAAUCUUGUCAACUUCCAAACUAAGAAUGGUGCCACACCUCUAUACCUUGCAUGUCAGGAAGGCCACCUGGAGGUCGUCCAAUACCUGGUGAAGGACUGCGGGGCAGAGCCAAGUAUUAGAGCCAAUGAUGGGAUGACACCUCUUCAUGCUGCCGCCCAGAUGGGACAUAACACUGUCAUUGUUUGGCUGAUGAGCUUCACAGACAUCAGCUUGUCUGACCGAGACAACGAUGGUGCCACUGCCAUGCACUUUGCCGCCAGCCGUGGUCAUGCCAAGGUCCUCAGCUGGCUCCUUCUCCAUGGUGGGGAGAUUGUGAUGGAUGGCUGGGGCGGGACCCCCCUCCAUGAUGCAGCCGAGAAUGGAGAGCUGGAGUGCUGUCAGAUUCUAGUGGUGAACGGAGUGGAUCUAGGCAUUCGAGACCAGGAUGGCUUCACUGCCGCAGACCUGGCUGAAUACAAUGGGCAUCCACAGUGUGCCAAGUAUCUCCGCACAGUCGAAAACAUGAGAGCUGUUUGCAACAAUUUGAGUGUGGAACAUCGCGUCCUAUCCCGGGAUCCCUCGGCAGAUUUGGAGUAUAAGCAGCCUGACUCGGGCCUUUCCUCUCCAAACGCCACACUGAACCCAGUGGUGCUGCCUGCAGCCCACUUUGACGUGGGCUCCCCUUCCAGUUCCCUGUCCAAUUACGACUCAGCCAACUCCAGCCAGUCCAGCACAGGGGAGAAGAAGAGCAGCUCCCCACCGUCACAAGUACCAGCAGGAGGCUCAGUGUCAGCAAUCAGUGACAUGGAGACCUACAUGGAAAUGCUGAACCCUGAUGUAACUGAAGGGGUCCCGAAGAAGGAGGAGCCAGCACAACCUCCGCCGCCCCCCACUUUCCCGCCACCGCCUCCACCGCCCCCUAACAGCUCGUACGUCCCUCCACCUCCCCCUACAUACCCUGCACCCAGUCCACCUGAGGAGCAGGGGUCGGCUGAGUUUCUGAAGGUGAAGAGCAACCUCCGCCGCGUGGACAAUGAUGCAGUGAAAAAAAAAGAGCUGACAGCAGGGGAAAACCCGGAGAGACUGCGGCGGGUGGACUCCAACAGGAAGUCACGAAGCUUCAGUAAGCAGCCCAGCACAGGGGACUAUUACAAGACCCUGGGCAACGACACCACGGACCAGCGCUCCUGCAGAACCAUGGCACCCAACGAGGAGGGUUCUGUGCUGUUGGAGGAGCCUGCAGAUUCUGCUCCUGCUCCAGAGAAUGGAACAGGAGCCACAGAGGAAAUGCCCAUACCUCCUCCUCCUCCUCCUCUACCCAGCAGCAACACAAACCCCAUGCCAACUCCACCUCCUCCACCUCCUCUCCCCUCUGAGUUCCCCACACCUCCCCAGAACAACACCACUGCUUCAGGAGCCUCCAGCCAUCGUCGCCUCUCCUCCUCUUCAAGCAGAGAGAAUCUCUCCUCUGCUUCUGUCACUCCUGCUCCAGAAUCACUUCGGCAGAGGAAGAGUACUAAAUCCUUCAACAUGAUGUCCCCCACUGGAGAUAACUCUGAGCUUCUGGCCGAAAUUAAAGCUGGGAAGAGUCUGAAGCCCACACCUCACAGUAAAGGCUACACAACUGUCUUCUCCAACAGUGGCACUGCAGGGAACAACGGAGAACGCCCAAUGUCACCACCUCAAAAUCAAUCCCAGCCUCAAUCUCAGCCCGCAUCUCAGCCACAGCCCCAACCUCAAUCUCAGCCCCAGCCUCAACCCGAGCCUCAGCCCAGUGCGGUCCAAUCACCAAAGCCCACAUCCCCACCACCCACAUCCAUUUCUCCCACGGCACGUGGUGGUUCCCCUCGAAGCCUGACCACAUCACAGAGCUGCGAUCUGCUGCCCACAGUCGUCAAUGGCAAUGGCGCAUCAGGUCAGAUGCGCAAAUCUAGCCUGGUGGAUAUAGAGGCCCUUGUGCCCACCCAUGACGAACAGGGCAGAGCCAUCCCUGAGUGGAAGAGGCAGGUGAUGGUGAGAAAGUUGCAAGUGAAAAUGCAAGAGGAAGAGGAGAACAAGAAAAAGGCUGAUGAGGAGGCCGCCCGCCUCGCUUCCAUGCCCGCCUGGCGAAGAGAUAUCAUGAAGAAGAAACUGGAUGAAGAGAAGACGGGCAGGGAACAGAAAAGAAAAGAGGAGGAGCGGCUGAAGACCGAGAAGGAGAACGAAGAGAAGAUGGAACUGGAGCGACUACGGACUCUUGGCUACGACGAGACUAAGUUGGCGCCGUGGCAACGGCAGAUCAUUUUAAAGAAAGGCGACAUAGCGAAACAGUAGAGCCCGACACGCCUGCAGUUUGUCUCCGUUCCGUAUCGCAUACCUCUGUCUGCUCCCACUCCCUGUAGGACACUUCAUUACCCACAGUACUCCAGGUCCAUCACAUGCACACAGUGGUACACCAGAGAACUCAUAAAGCGGUUAACUGUCAGGAGGCUUUAUAGAGUUCACGGUUAAUAACAGAUUCAGAGGGCACUGAAGUACGUAAUAUGCGUGAUUGCACAAGGGCCGAAAGCCUAUGAUUUAUUAGUCGUCCCUUGUGCGUCUGUAGAUUAUUUUUUGAAAGAAAAACAUUCACCCCAUCCCGGCAAAGACACUAUACAGAUAUUAUUUGAGUACAGCUAUUGCACGUUUAGCGAACGCUUCUUAGCUAUACACGCUAUACCAACUGCUGUUUUCUCACAUUUCUACAUUUCUAUUUCAGAUCUUUUAAAGUAUUUUCAUAUAUAGUGAUAUAGGAUUAGAAAUAAAAAAUAUAGAAUUUAUUCUGUGCACAUAUUUUUAAGCAGUCUUAAUCACUAUGAAAGCAGUUUAAAUAAAAGCCUAAUAGUAAACAGAUGUUUAAUAAGGAACUGCAUAUUAGCACACUGAUAGAUUUCCUACAAAAAAAUGUUCUACCAACUAUAUUUUAAACAAAGAUAUGGACAAUAAAAUGCCCAUGUCAUACCCUGACUUCUCCUCUUAAAGUACUCUUUUAAAUUUAUCAUAAAUUAUCAAUCGUAUCAUCCCAUUUCUUUUCCAGUCCAGGAAUUCCAGGUGCUUAGUGAAUGAAAAUAGUUAGCAAAGCAAGCCAAGGCCAUCAUUCUUAAUUAUUUUUCCCCCCACCCUGUAAUGAAACUGAUAGUAUUCACAACUGUGUUUCCAACCAAGUGACAGUUUCCCAGAGCACCAGAAGAUGGCAGCAGAGGUCUAUUCCAAGCUAAUCAAAAGAGUCACUGUUACAUCACAGUUAUGAAAAGCUGGUGCGAUGUUAUAUUACUGUAAAAAAAUUUAAAUUACUCUUAAAUUUAAAAAUACUCUUAAAAAAAUUGCUAGAAUGUAAUAGAUCUGGCUAUGACUAACCUGAUAGGGGUGGGAGAAGCCAAUGUCUUAAAAACUGUACUGAGCGAUGUCUCAAUUCCAAGCGUUCUGUCCUAUAAUCUAACACAUGCUGUGACUGCUCACUGAGAUUUACAGAAUAAGGAGGAUUACAGAGGACGAAAACUAACGGUUGUUUGGUUUAACGCAUAGACACGCUUUAUUGUUGUAUUCCUGUUGUACACCUACAUUGGUUCUUUAAAAUAUACAUGUAAACACAUCCAGUGUCAUCAUGUAAAAUAAACAAUACGUGACGAUGAUGGUGAUGUACAUCUUUAUUAUGAGAAGACUGUCUUUUUUUUAGCUCAUUUUCUCUUUUGAACAGUGAACUGUAGCUUAGUCCACUUAGGGUACCUGGACCUUGGAAAAGUGCCGGAUGUGUCUUCGGAAUGUACGUGUAUAUAUGUGGUGUCUGUCCAGUGUCAUGAAAUGUGUGCUAGGUAAACUUGAUGUAUUUUGAGUGUACAUUUUUUGGAUCUGUAAAAAAAAAUCUGAAUAUUAUACAAAUAUAUGUGUAUUGCAUGGUUAUCGUUGAGUAAUUGUUUGGGAAUAUUCACCUAAAAUUCAUUUGAUGCCAUAUUAAAACAAAGAUAUAUGUGAACAUCAUUGCCAUUAGAAUAUUUUCUAUUCAUGCAUAAUGUAUAUAGUAAUACUGAAAUACUCUUAUUGCCCUUAUAUUGUUACAUUGUGGUCCAAAACAUUUUUUUUUUCUUUCUCAGCCUUUGCUUGCAUUGGCUUAUCAGUGUAAACCUUCCUUUUCCGACUGUCAAAUUGAAUAAAAAUCAAAAUUACAACAUU